AAUCACAAUAUGGGCGAGCGGCCGAGGGGGAAGGGACACCUUUCACAUGUGGGUGUUACGCAGCGUGUGCCCAUUGGAUAGUGUUCACUAACGCACACCAUAUGGUCGACGCGAUUGGAUAUGUCGGAGGGUGGGCGGAUCUAAGAGGCAUCAAGCCCUACAUCUCGUAACAUGUUUGCUGUGCACUGUGCUACGAGCUUUGUGGGAACAAGAGAAGAGGAAAGAGAUCGUCCACAAAGGCUUCAGCAGGCUGUCGGCUUUAAGACUUAACGGGGUUUACGUGGCCAGACUUACAUGUUCGGACUAUAGCCUACGAGUAUUAGCGUGACAUAAAGGGGACGCUAGGGUAAACUCGAAGGCAUAUUAUUUUUCUUUUACACUGAUUGCUAUUGGAGAUAUACUUAUAAUUGGCUGGUGGACUAUGGAAUCUGAAACCACAAUCUUUAUUCAAGCUUGAACAGUAACGAAUUGGAGAGAGACUUCUGGGAAUACACUGAACGAGGCCUAAGGAAACAAACAUAUUACAAGGACUCUAGUUAACUUUGCAAUUGGAAACAGACGGACAGAACCUCGCAAACAUCCGCUCAUUUCUGUCGUACGGGGACACUGGCCUGCGGUUGCUCAUAGCCACAGUCUUGUCCACUCUCUUCUUCCGGUUACGGAGCGCAUGGACCGGCACCCAGACGCCCGCAGUUGCAGCUGUGCCAUCCGUGGAGCCACGUCCUGUUGUCCCGGUCUCAUCUCGAGCGAACCGUCCAUGAAUGUGUCUAUCAACUCAACAACUGGCACGCGCUUCGAGCUCUCUCUUCCACGCGAGGAGACGGUGGAAGGACUGAAGAGGAGGCUCGCGCAGAGGCUGAGGGUCCCCAAAGAAAGGCUCGCGCUUCUGCACAAAGACACGAGGCUGACCUCGGGGAAGUUGCAGGACUUUGGCGUUGCAAACGGGAGUAAACUGACAUUGGUGCCGUCAGUCGAAGCUGGUUUGAUGUCGCAGUCGCCCAGACCGGAGCAGUCAAUCAUGCAGGCGCUGGAGAGCCUCACGGAAACUCAGGUCAGUGAUUUCCUGUGUGGGCGCUCUCCCCUGACCCUGGCGCUGCGUGUGGGCGAUCACAUGAUGUUCGUGCAGCUCCAGCUAGCCGCGCAGCAGCCAGGCAGCCAGCAGGCGGCCUACAGGCACUCCCCCAGGGGUCCUUCAGGCACACACAGGACAGCCGCAGGGUCCUUGCAAACAGGAAGUGGCCACCUCAGGACCUCUCCUAGCACGCAGGAAGCGGUGGCACCAGUGGCAGCUGCCAGCAUGCCUGAGACGGGUAGCUGCCACCCCUCUGCCCACCCGAAGUGCCCCUCAACUACACCCGCCCCCCACAGUACGGGCGCUGCCUGCCCACAGACUGGCUGCAGCUCCAAGAGCCCCCCCACAGGAAGCCCCGCCCCCACAGGAAGCCCCACCCCCACAGGGAGCCCCGGCCGGAAGUCGGGGGCCAUCAUCGAGAGCUUCGUCAACCACGCCCCAGGGGUGUUCUCCGGAACAUUCUCAGGUACCCUCCACCCCAACUGUCAGGACGGAAGCGGACGACCGCGUCGAGACAUCACCACCAUCCUGCAGAUCCUCAACGACCUCCUGAGCGCCACACGCCACUACCAGGGUGCCGCGCCCGCGCCCACCCUGUGCCAGCUGCGCUGCCCGGCCGCGCCAGCCUCCCCUGCCCCCUCCUCCACCGCCACCUCCUCUCCUCCGCCCUCCCCCUCGCCAUCCCUCUCUCCCCCCGCCUCCCCUCUCUCACACACACUCGGACAGCAACAACAACAACAACAACACGCCAGGACUGCUGGCGUGGAGCGGGAGCGUCAGUGGGAGAACCGGGCGACCCGUUGUAAGGUGGAGCGUCUCCAGCUGCUGCUCCAGCAGCGUCGCCUUCGCCGAAAGGCCCGCCGCGACACCCGCGCCCCCUACGCCUGGUCGCCCGGCAACCGCAGGGUGGCCCGCAGCCAUAGCAACAGCAGCGCGGCCUCCUCCACCUCCUCGUCAUCCUCGUCCGCCGGAGAGGCGUCGUCUCUAGAGCUGGACUACGACGACGCCGUAUGGAAGGCCGAGGCCCCGCCCACGGACCUCAGCAGCGAGGUCAUCAUGGCCUGAUGGAGGGAUGGACGAAAGACGACAAAAGAGGGGGAUGAAAGGUGCGGCGGAGAGGAGGCAUGAAGAGAUGGGAGAUGGAGGGAUGAGGGACGGGAGGCAGAAAGAGAAAGAGAAAGCUGCUUGGGGAACACCGUGGAUGGGACUGGGAUAGGCCCGGCUGAUGACUGGUGUGGUGUGCGCCUGCCUUCUCAGGAUCUCACACAACCUGUGGAUUUCAGAACGAUAGAAACACACCUAUUCUACUCCCUACCGCACACACAUGCACACACAUGCACACACAUGCACACACAUACGCACACACACACACACACACACACACACAGACUGGCCUUCCUGGGGUUGACAUUUAGUUUACUGGAUGCUGGACAAAUAGACUGCGCCCUGUGUGUGUGUGUGUGUGAGUGAGAGAGAGAGUGCAUGUGUGAUUCACACACUGAAACUGGACUCCCAACAGAAAGGACUGUACUGAACUCACUGUCACGUCAUGUCACAGGGCAUUGUUGUACUGAACUCACUGUCACGUCAUGUCACAGGGCAUUGUUGUACUGAACUCACUGUCUCGUCAUGUCACAGGGCAUUGUUGUACUGAACUCACGGACACUGUCACUGUCACGUCACAGGGCAUUGCAAGGACAAAGUGGCACUCUCAGCAGUCAACAAACAUCCUCUGCUCUUAUUUCAACCAUAACUAUUAUUAUUACGAUUAUUAUUAUUAUUAUUGAUUUGUUUAUUUGUAUUUUUACAUGUUGUUAUUGUUGUUGUCACUGUAUGUUGUGGUUACAGAUAUGUAGCAUUAAUAUUUAGCCAAGAUUCAGGUCGUUUUCCCCAAUCCACACAAGAACCUUCAGGUUGUUUUCCCCAAUCCAGACAAGAACCUUGUGUUCUCUGGGCACAUCCUGUGGUGUUCUGUCUCUGGGAACCUGUUUGAGCAUUAUGGUUUUAUGCGUUUGUGCGUUUGUUUGUUUGUUUGUUUGUGUGAGUGAGAGAUUGGGAUGAACAGCAACUCAAGUGCUUUACAGAGAGAUGAAACACCCAUAAUUAUGCUCUCUAUUUUUUAAUUUGACUUUUUUUAUUUAGCAUUGGUAAGGAAGUGACCUAGUACAACACAUAAUUUAUUGUGAUAAUAAAGAUUAAAUAAUGAUGAAA